CGCUGCUGCUCGCUGCUCUCUGCCCCGCACUGACUGGUGCGCGUUGCCCCGCACGCCUCGCUCUGACCCGCACUGCUCGCUCACAGCUAUGGACGCGGCUCGGCAGUGAGGUGAGGUGGCCGGCGAGCCCGAAGGAAGAGUCCGCCAGAUGCCACAUCGCACUGGGCCGCCCGACAUGGAAGCGGCGUUGUUGAUCUCUUCCUGAGGGGCGUGAGUGAUGGCGGGACUCAUCAAGAAGCAGAUCCUGAAGCACUUGUCCAGGUUUACCAAGAAUCUUUCACCAGAUAAGAUUAAUUUGAGUACUUUGAAAGGUGAAGGUCAGUUGACCAACUUAGAGCUCGAUGAAGAGGUAUUGCAAAAUAUGCUGGAUUUGCCAACAUGGUUGGCUAUCACAAGAGUGUUCUGCAACAAGGCUGCAAUUCGGAUACAUUGGACUAAACUGAAGACUCAUCCACUAUGCCUGUCCCUGGAUAAGGUAGAAAUGGAGAUGAGAACUUGUGAGGAGCCUCGCCCUCCAAAUGGCCCUUCUCCUAUUGCAACAGCUUCAGGGCAAAGUGAGUAUGGCUUUGCUGAAAAAGUUGUCGAGGGAAUCUCUCUUUCUGUGAAUUCCAUCAUUAUUAAAAUCAAGGCAAAAGCUUUCAAUGCAUCUUUUGAGUUGUCCCAGCUGCAAAUAUAUAGUGUAAAUACAAGCUGGCAACAAAGUGAUCUGCGGUUCACCCGAAUACAAGAUCCUCAACGUGGCGAGGUUCUGACAUUCAAGGAGAUUACGUGGCAGAUGAUCCGAAUAGAGGCAGAUGCAAUCCAGAAUGAGGAACACGAUAUCCUCAGUGCACCAGUGCGGCUUAUCACAAACCAGUCCAAGCUGAAAGUCAGCUUGAAGCGAAGGUUAAAAGAUUGCAAUGUGGUGGCAUCAAAGCUGGUGCUUCUAUUGGAUGACUUGUUGUGGGUUUUGACCGACUCCCAGUUGAAAGCAAUGGCACAAUAUUCAAAGUCUCUGAGUGAAGUCAUAGAAAAAUCCGCGCAGCAAAGGAAGAGCAUGGCUUCUGCACCAACCCAGAGUGCAACUCCAGUUCCUGUUUCCCAACAGGUUAGAACUCCGCAAACUAUAGCAGCAGCUGAUCAGAAUGAUGCUCUUGCCAAACUUUUUCAUGCUUUUGAUGUAAAGGAAACAUCUUAUCAUUUAAUAAUUUCUCAUUUGGAUUUGCACGUUUGUGAUGACAUUCAUGUGAAGGAAAGAGGUUUUCCAAAAGAGAGCAAAGGAGGAGCCAUGCAACUCUCCUUUACACAGAUUACAGUGGAUUACUAUCCCUAUCACAGAGCAGGAGACAGCUGUCAGCACUGGAUGUACUAUAAUGAGGCUACAAAAACAAGAUCGAGUUGGACAAAAGAGUUACUAAAAGAAUUCAAGUCGAAUGUUGAUAUGCUGAAACAAGCGGUGAUGGACUAUAAUAAAAGUAAACCUCCGUCACCUUCACCUAAUGGUUCACCGCCACACGUGUUAAUAGAGACCACACUCAGACAUAAACCUGUAACUACAGGGAAGGAGCAGAUGUCAAAAGGAACAAGUUCUGCUAAUAUUUCAGCUUCAACAAGUCUGCAGCCAAGAACAAAGCUAUUAUCUAGUUGUUUUGUUAUUAGAGUGGAGGAUCUAAAUAUUUAUCAGGUUUCUACAGCAGAUCAGCGAAGAGAUUCUCCCAAAGCUAUGAUCUGUUGCAAUAAGAAGUCAUUAUAUCUUCCAUCCGAAAUGGCAGCUAUUCACAUUGAAUUCACUGAAUAUUAUUUCCCAGAUGGAAAAGACUUUCCUACCUUAUGGAAUGUGUUGGACAGGUUGGAAAAGAACCUUCACCAAACAUCUGCCCUAGAUCUCCUUUUCUGUACAGUUCCUUGCCCUAAUCUUUACAUACAGCUGAAUGCACUACAGUUGACACUAGAUCCCAGGAGCAUGCUGUGGUUGAACCAAUUUAUACUUGAUCUGCGACAGAGUCUGGAGCAGUUCACAGCUAUCUAUAAGCUUGAUAGUGGGAAAGAGGAUGAACAUGUGGACAUACGAGUUGAUGGAUUGAUGCUCAAGUUUAUUGUUCCAACUGAUAUGGGACCGAAUGGGCAUCAAGACCAUCCACAAUCGAUUUCUAUUCAGACUGCUGAAAUUAUUGCUACAAAUACGAGACUCUCACCACACUGUACGCGGGCAGACCUGGAAGCCAUACUGCAACAGUUCAAAGAUGAAAACCUUUUUAGCAAAACAUUCACAACCUUUCCCAAAACAACAGAAAAUUUCAAUAUAUUGCAUCCAGUAUUUCAAAGACAUGCCCAUGAACAGGAUACCAAACUGCACGAUAUUUAUAAGGGCUUAGUUACUCCAAAGUUGAGUACAAAUGCAUUGAAAACAUUUGCUGCUACAGAUGUGUGGGCUGUGCACUUUUCACAAUUUUGGGUUGACUAUGAAGGAAUGAAGAGUGGAAAAGGAAGACCUGUGGGAUUUGUGGAUUCUUUUCCACUUUCAAUCUGGGUUUCUCAACCCAUUAGAUUUGCAAAAUCGCAAUUAACUGUUCCACCUUCCGGGCAGUCUGCCCCUCAAAUUCGCAAAAGCGAAUCCAGUGAUUUUAGCGUUCGUUUGCGUCACAAAAAGCUUUUGAGAGAUUAUUAUAGUACAGAAUCUGAGCCGUUCACUAAUGGACUGGGUAAAUCAAAUUCUUUAGAUGCUCUUACUAAACCUCUGAAAUCCUUGCAGUCAUCAGAUGCAGAUACGCAUGUUCUUAUACAUGUUCAAAAGCAUGUGAGCAUGCAGAUUAAUCAUCAUCAGUACUGUUUCUUGCUCCGUCUUCAGCAGUCAAUGAAAAGGCUUCAGGAAAAAUUUCAGAAGAAUAUAGAGAAGAUAACUGGAAAGGCAGCAGCGGAAACCAAAAUUUGUGUUGGAUUGUUGUUAAAAAGUGCUGAAGUUGCUUUAUUGCUUCGUCCACUGCCUCAGGCAGAAUCAAACAAAAAUAUUUUGUCAGAAAAUACAAGUCCUGCAGGAUCUGACCUUUCGCCGUCUCAAAGCAGAGAAACUCUGGUGCCUGAAAAUGAAGGAGAAGAUGAUUCAAGUAUUGAUCAUGUCCCCCAGACAAAACUUAAUGAGUCAGGAAAUGCUCAAGCUGAAAAUACACACAUUAGUACUGUCAGGCCAAUAGACUCUUUACUUUCUAAAUCGUAUAGUGACUCAGCUUUGAUGAAAGGAAUUAUCUCACUGUCUCCAUUUGAUGCUACUGUUAGUCAAUUUCCAGUAUCUGUGGAUGUCUCUGGGGAUAUUAACAGAACUUUUUUGGAAAAUAAAAGUCGGAGCAAUGAAGCCACAAAGUUAUCAAAUAUUGAAGCACUCUGUGUUUCUCAAAGUAUGGGCCCAUUGGAUGUUUGCACAAUAAACACAAAUGAAUGUAAUAUUCUUCCUUUGAAGAAGGGGAACUGCCAAGAAGAAAUGUCCAGUUCAUUGGAAAACAAAAGAAAUCUAGCUGUAAAUUCAGUAAAUGAUUUAACUGAUCGCGACCAGGAGAAUCCAACGCAAAACCUAGAUUAUAGUAAAGAAACACAAACUUCAACGAAGCCGGUGUUACCUGCAUCAUUAUCAAGCGGCAAAUUGAAGGAUCGUGCAGAACCCUCCUUGUCUAACUGUGCAGUAGCAUAUAAAAAUGUGAGGAGAAGUCCAUCACAAAUUUCGCUGGACACCAUAUCAAUUGACAGCAGUCUUCUGGAAGAACAGUUCUUAGACAGUGAUGGAAGUGAAAGCCUACUUUUAUUGGUGAAGGAUGCUUGUAUUGAUGAUGCCUCGGUCAUUAGUCUUAAAGAAGCUUCCAUUGAUCAGAGUCCAGCGGAAAGUGCUAAUGAAGCAUUUGGGACUGACGGUUGUGGCAGAAUAUCACCAGAUGUCUGCAGCACUGCAUCUCAUAGUGUGGAACAGAUCCCUGGAGAUUUGGUGUCAGUCUUGGUUUUCAAUGUCUUUGGUGUAAACUGUGCAAUUGAUGUAAAGGGUGAGGAUACAACAGUGUCUUUCCAGAUAAAUCAAGUGCUGCCAAAGCAACAUGGAAACAUCAGUGUUCGGCAAUACCUUAGCAACCGUAGUCUGGAUCGACACCAGUCUUCAAUGACGCAAGAAUGCAAGAAAGAAUUGCCUGAAGUGAGUUUACGGCUCGAGAAUGGGCCUAGUGCUGGUGUCCAUUCACCACUUGCAGCCCAGAAUGGAUUCUUGCAAUGCAUGAUUAAGAACUUCAACUCGGAGUUCCUGGUAUCUUCCCUCACAAAUUUAGGAGUAUUUUUGGAAGAUGACGUACCUGCUGACAUAAUCCCCAUGAAGAUUGAAAUCAUGGGCACUAGGAUAAACCUGAAGGAUGACAAUCCAUGUCGUGAUCAAUCUGCCCAUGAUCCACUGCCGGUGGAGCUGUUUAUCGAUCAACUGAUUGUGAGCAGAAAUGAUGAUGGAAGAUUUUGCAUUGGAGGUGCCCAGUUUUCUAGUCAAAAGCUACCAAAUAGUGAAAUUACAAAACAAACAGUAUUAUCAUGCUUAAAAUGUGAUGAAUCAAAGGAAGUCCGAUGUGUGUCACAAUCUACUCAAACAGUUCCAAAAGAUCAAACUGCAACUGGGCAAUCAGAUGUUGGAGUCAACAAUUCGGCCGUUGGGUGUUCAGUUAACACAGAAAAGUUACUUUUGGAAGAAAAUGAAUGUCUAAAACAGGAACUAGCCAAAACUAAAUUGGCUCUUGCUGAGGCCCACAUGGAAAAAGACGACUUGCUGCAACAAAUCAGGAGGGUUAACUGACCUCCAGUCACAGCCAGUCAUUGCUCUUUGAAGACAGCAGUGAAGCAGGAGUUUCUUGAAGCUGGGGCACAGCUAUCGCAAACUGUUGAUUGGUUUAAAAAUAAUUAACUUUAGAGUCUUCUUGCUGAGCAUUGAACAAACCUUAUUAGGAGAAGCCUAAUUUGUCCGCUGCAGACAAACUUUUAAAUGUGAAAAAGAACUACAGGUCUGUUUGAUCUCAUUCAAACAAAUAAAUAUAACUAUAACAUUGUUGGGCUGCAUAGGUUUUGCACCAUGUGUUAAUGGUGUUGAUAUUCACUACAAUCUAGAAUCAGCGCUGUCAUUAAAAGGGAUAUGAAAUGAAGUUUGAAAUAAAAUAUUGUGGGUAAGUAAUUUCUUUCAUACAAUUGACCUGAGUUUUAUUAAACCAUCAUGAAUUGGUUCUGUAAAAUAAAUUCCAGAGGAGAAGAGUCUGAAUUUGCACUGUAAUUAAUUAACA